AAUUCUUUUUUCUGCGUGUAAGUUGCGCUGUCUGCCUCGUCCUUUUUGCUUCCGUUUAACAUUAACUCCGAAAUCGUAGAGAGAGAAAGAGAGAAAGAGAGAGAGUAUUGUGUGUGUUUUCUCUUUCCCAAACGUAAUAUUAUUAUUGUUUGAGACAAUACAACUCAGAGAGUUCUUGCAAAUUUGCAAUCUCUCUCUCUCUCUCUCUCUCUAACGUUGCCUUUGGUUCCCUUCUUCGUUCUGCCGACGAAUUUGUACCGUUGAAUUAGUUUGGGCUAUUGGCUCUGGUUCUUAGCUUGUACUGAAGUACUGAACACCAGUUACAAUGAAGAAAGCUAUUGGUCAAACUGUUAGAGACCUUAAAAGAGAAGUAAACAAGAAAGUGCUGAAAGUUCCUGGAAUUGAACAGAAGGUUCUUGAUGCUACCAGCAAUGAACCAUGGGGUCCUCAUGGAUCCCUUCUUGCAGAUAUUGCUCAGGCAACCAGAAACCCCCAUGAGUACCAGAUGAUAAUGGCAGUAAUCUGGAAGCGCAUUAAUGACACUGGCAAGAAUUGGCGGCAUGUCUACAAGGCUUUGACGGUGCUAGAGUUCUUGGUGGCUAAUGGGUCUGAGCGAGUCAUAGAUGAGAUCAGAGAACAUGCAUAUCAAAUAUCAACAUUGUCCGAUUUUCAAUAUGUUGAUUCCAGCGGAAGAGAUCAAGGAAACAAUGUCCGGAAGAAAUCUCAAAGUCUGGUUGUCCUUGUGAAUGAUAAAGAAAGAAUCACAGAAGUUAGGCAGAAGGCUGCUGCUAACAGGGACAAGUUUCGCAACAAUUCAGUUGGUGGAAUGUAUAGGCCUGGUUCAUAUUCAAGCAGUGGAGCCCAUGGUGACAGGUAUGAUGAUGAUCGUUAUGGAAGCAGGGAGGAGGAUAGAAAUGGAUACGGUUAUGGAAGAGAAAGAGAAUGGGGCUAUAGAGAUGAUGACAGAUAUGGUCGUGAUGGAGAUAGAUAUGGUAGAGAUUAUGAGGAACGUUAUGGUCGGGACAGGGACAGUUACAGAGAUGAUGACUACAGGGGAAGAAGUCGAGGUGAUGAUUACCCAUAUGAUUCAAGAAGCAGGAGCUCUGAUAGAGAUCGUAGUUAUGAUGAUGAUGGCCAGCACUCAUCUCGAGGAAGCAAUGCUAAAGCUGAAGACCAAUCUCUGGAAGCAAGGCUUGAGCGGAAACUUUCUGAGCAAAAUGCGGGUGCUCCUCCGAGCUAUGAAGAAGCUGUUGGUGAAUCUCGCAGCCCUGUACACAGUGAUAGGGAUGUGGAGACUUCUGCAGCAUCUGCUCCAAGAGGCUCAUCUCCUCAUGCAAAUGAUAAUCCUAGUCAAAUUUCUUCUCCUACAGAAUCUUCUCCUGUAAACAGUGAUCCAAGCGAGCCAACUACUGCUGCCAGCACUGCUGCAGCUGGAACCCAGGAAACUGAGGCCACUGAUGAUUUUUUUGACCCACGUGGUCCUGCAUCAGCAACCCACACUACCCCAGCAACCCACUCUGCUCCAGCCACCUCUCAGAAUAUUGAAAUGGACUUGCUUGGUUCCCUCUCGGACUCAUUCUCUUCAGAUGCAUUGUCUCUUGUACCUGCAUCAGCAACUGCAGCCCCUGAUGCAAAUGCUGGUUCAACAGCUUCCUUUGCAGCACUGUCAUCUGGGUCCGAUAAUUUCAAUCAGUCAUUUGAAGAUCCAUUUGGUGACUCCCCAUUCAAGGCUAUUUCUUCCACUGAAACUGCUCCAUCUCAACCCCAGACAUAUCAGAGUAUUGAACCAUCCCAACCAAACGGUCUUAGUGCAGAAACCAUCUCUAGCUUUGGGUUUGGGGACUCAUAUUCUGUUGUACCAUACUCUGCACCCGUUGCCGGUGAAACUCAACCUUUCUCUACAAACUCUCAGUUUUUGUCUCAAGAUUUGUCAUCUUCACAGCAGGAAACCGAUAUCCUUGCAGACAUUCUUCCUCUUGCACCACUACCUGAUAUGACUUCACAGCAGAACAUUUCAGCUCCAGCUUUUGCCCAGCCUUCACCUUCCUUUACUGCUUCAUCUGGUCAAAUGGCAUCACAACCAUUUUCUGAACAAACAAACCAACUUACCCAGCAAGGUUUCUCAGCCACUACCAGUCAACCUGCACAAACCUUUCCAGUUACAGGUCAACUUCCCCAACAACCCUUUUCAACUCCUAAUGGCCAACCGGGACUAGUACAAUCAUCUUUUUCAGCUCCCGUUAGUCAAUAUGCACAACCACCCUUUUCAUCUCAUACCGGUCAACCUGGCUUACAUGCAUUUUCAUCGUCAACUGGCCAACCCGUGCAACCACCUUUUCAAGGUGGUCAUCCUGCACCAUCGAGUGGUAUAUAUGGUGGAUUGCACUCCCACGAUGGAUCUCUUACUUUAGGAGCUCCAAACAUGUCUCCUCAAUCUCAAAAUGGAUAUAAUGGGUCUAUGAACAGUGGGAAUUUCCUGCCACAAGGAUCUACAGCAGCUUUUCCCUCACACAUGGGUCCUCAAGCUCCAACAGGACAGCUGUCACAGAACACAAACUUUUCUUAUCAUGGAGGAUCUACUGCUCACACUACUACACAUAUGUCUCCUCAUUCCCCAACCAAUCAAGCAUCACAAUUUAACAGUCAGAGCUUCAUUGGACAAGGGAAUGCAGCCCCCUUUAGCUCACCAAUUACCAAUCAGUCACUUGCUCCUAAUACUUCACAGCAUGCUAUUUCAAUGGGAUCCAAUUCCUUAGUUUCUCAACCAUCCAAGGACAAGGACAAGGACAAGUUUGAGACAAAAUCAACAGUGUGGGCAGAUACACUAAGCAGGGGACUGGUUAAUUUGAAUAUUUCUGGACCUAAAACAAAUCCAUUAGCUGACAUUGGGAUUGACUUCGAAGCCAUUAAUAGGAAGGAAAAGAGAAUGGAGAAGCCCACUACCACAACUGUAACAUCAACUAUAACUAUGGGUAAAGCUAUGGGAUCAGGUUCGGGUAUGGGCCGGGCUGGUGCUGGUGCUCUCAGACCUCCUGCAAACCCAAUGAUGGGUUCAGGCAUGGGCAUGGGCAUGGGUAAUGGUUCUGGUGUUGGUAUGGGUAUGGGAGGCUAUGGUGGUUCAAUGGGUAUGGGGAUGGGGGGGAUGGGUAUGGGACAAGGGUUCCAGAUGCAACCCCAAACUGGAAUGCCUCCACCUGGGUCCAACAUGCCAGGUAGUUAUAACCCCAUGAUGGGUCCAGGUAGUUACGCUCAACAGCCAUAUGGUGGAUACCGAUGAGAUUGAACACUAUGCCUAGAUAGAUAGCAAGGUGAAAUAUUAUUGUUUUGCUACAAGUUGAGAAAAGAAAGCCAAUAUCAGUGCUACUAGUAGUCUACUUUGUGACAUUUGAAUUUAUAGCGGUGUAUCAUCGAAGUUGCAAUUUUCUGUAAAGUGACCCAGUGUGAUGUAUGUUUAUUCUUGUUAUAAAUAUGCUGUUACCAUUCAUUCUUUUUUGGGUCACCCUCUGUAGGUGCUUUGAGCAUCAAUGUUGUGUACCAGUGACUGGAUAGAAUAACCUUGCUUGGGUUAUUACAUUCUAUGCUUGUUCCUCAUUUUUUGAACACCAACAGGUGGUUUGAUAUUAAUAUAUUCUUUUUUCCGUUGUACUUUUUCCAUUUGCCUCAAAUCUAAGGAUUGCAAUUCAAUGAUUUAU